AGUAAUUAAUCCGGUUAAACAGCCUGUCGAGAUCUGCAAACCGGUCUCAUAGUUUUCGUCCUCGCUUCUCAGUCCCACACCUCUUACUCGUGCUAAUCUCCUCCUACUAUAAAACCACCGCCGCCACAAUAUUCCACCUCAAAGACACUGUUCAUUCUCUCUUUUUCUCUCUCUAACCAACCGUUCGCUGGAGAAUUUGGCAGUCCGUCAUCCAUGGAGGACAAGUAUCUGCAGUUUUUCUUGGAUGAGACCUCGCUUUAUAACGACAUUGUGCUGGGCCAUCUGCUGCCAUCCAGCUGGUGGGUCUCUCUCCCCCGCUUCUUCCAGACUUGGCUUCGUAACUACAUUGCUGGAACCCUUCUCUACUUUAUCUCCGGGUUCCUCUGGUGCUUUUAUAUUUAUUACUUGAAACGCAACUUGUAUCUCCCCAAAGAUGCGAUCCCUACGACAAAAGCCAUGCUCUUGCAAAUAUAUGUAGCCAUGAAGGCUAUGCCGUGGUACUGUGCUCUCCCAUCUGUUUCUGAGUACAUGGUUGAAAAUGGCUGGACAAAAUGUUUUGCAAGCAUAUGUGAUGUUGGUUGGUUUGCCUACAUCAUAUCUUUAAUUGCAUAUUUUGUUGUGGUGGAGUUUGGGAUUUACUGGAUGCACAGAGAAUUGCAUGAUAUAAAACCUCUAUACAAGUAUCUUCAUGCAACCCAUCACAUCUAUAACAAGCAGAAUACUCUUUCUCCAUUUGCAGGUCUGGCAUUUCACCCGCUCGACGGAAUACUGCAAGCAGUCCCGCAUGUUAUAGCUUUGUUCAUCAUUCCUACACAUUUUAGAUCACAUGUAGCUCUCUUAUUCCUUGAGGCCAUAUGGACUGCAAACAUUCAUGAUUGUAUUCAUGGCAAGAUCUGGCCUAUUAUGGGUGCCGGCUAUCACACCAUCCACCAUACUUCAUAUCGGCAUAAUUAUGGCCAUUAUACCAUAUGGAUGGAUUGGAUGCUGGGUACCCUUCGUGACCCCGAGGAAGAUGUCUUUGAGAAGGUUAAGUGAUACACAAUUACACAUCUGUAUGCCUUGACAUAAUGCUCGUACAUUGUCAGUACUUUGUUAGGUGCACGUCCAUUUUGUUUGUGGUACUUCUGAUAUGUGCCUUUUGUAUGCAAAUGUUCUUGUUCUUUUAAAUAGAAGGUUUGUUUGUCUGCUUAAACAACUUGCAGCUUUGAUCUCAGCCCUAUAACCCAUGUACUCGAUCUAUUUCUGUUGUGUAAGUUGUUAUGUUGGGAAUGUAUUUUUCAAUUGAUGGA